AUGCCCAAUUCUAGGCCAGAGCGAUCAACCAGGCCGUCUAGGUCGUCACGGGCGUCCAGCAGUCGGCGUACAAGUUCAGAAGAGUCGGGGGAAGACACUUCUCGUAGACGAGGGUCUCCAAGGCGGCAAAGACAAUUUCUCAGGUCGUACGCAUCGUCCAGCGCGUUGCCACACGUAUCGCUUGAACAAGGCGGUGAACACGGCCUCGAGGAUCACAGGUCCGAACGCGAACACCAGUCAAGAUUGCCGGGUCCCUCGACAUCGAGUAUCGCUUAUCCAAAGACGUUCCUGGCACGCCCAAUACAACGGCGCUCUUCCUCAAACGAAACGCUGUCCCAACUUCACUUCACCAGCAGCUCGACUUCGUCACUGCCCAAAAUCCAGACCAAUGCGGCCAAUUCAUUCAGAUUCACUCGGGGCGACACACGGAAUGAACCACUGUCGCUUUCUCCUACACGAGACUCGUUCCCCAGCUUUACUGCAAGUCGUUCAGCAACAUCACUGGCUCCACAGCAGAAACCAAUGAUGACGAAUGGGGCGUUUAUUCCCCGAGCUGGCCCCUCGACCUCCAACGGACUUCCUCAUCCCUUCUUCGUUCCAAGAGCACCUCCCAACGGACUGCCACCUGCCUCACACCAUGGACCAAACACAAUACCAGUGUCCAUAAGCACGCCGGUGGCACUUCCUGAUCACCCACCACCACCCUAUGAUGCCGUAUAUGUGAACGGAGUUCAGCAAAACGCUUCCACAUACACCAGCCACUCUCGUUCCAAUUCCCAACCCAGUGUCCCAGCCACCUCUCCGUCGCGAACAAACAUCCACACUGUCCCUCAGAACUCCGCGUCUCAUUUACGUUUGACCGAUCUCCGUCACCACCAAUUACCGCCGCAGUUACAGCAGCAGCCUGUAUCCCUAAACUCAUCGAAGCGUCAUUCCGAUUCAGAUGAUAGCCGGAGCUCGUCCUCAACUGAGGUCAACGGCCAGGACGCUAUCUACACCACCUCUGCGGCAAGACGACGGAAAGGGAAGGCAAGGGCAGUAGAAGGAAGCCUCCUCGGGGAACCGUCGGUUGAGCGGCAGGUUGCAGCGGGGCCUGCGGUUUCCAGUUCCUCGCAAUCACACUCCAGUUCACCUUCCCAUACAGCUACUGUGAGAGCCACUCUACAGCCGAAAGACAAGCGCGGUAUUACCACACGUCUAGUCCGGUUCUCCUUGAACUGGCGUGGCGAGGGUAACGGGAAUGCAGUCAAGGGGAAACAGCGCGAAGAGUUUCUACAUGGGGAUACCGAAACCGAGACUGAGCGCGAGGACUCUGGACGCAUUGCCCAUACAACCUCCCGUCGCCUCCCCCGACUAGGUGAAAUUAGCUGGCGACGUUCCUACUCCAACGACUCCAAUGGUCCCCUUAGCCCGCUUGGCGUGUCACAUUCGCGACAGUCAGGGCACGGAGACGACCACGAUGAUUCUGACGAUCCUUCACUCAAAUUCACGAUCGACCUCAACAAACUCACACCAUUUCUCUUCGAAUUCUCCAGGCUUUUAUCUAUCGUUCCGGCGUUCUUCGGCAUGUUGUUUUGUUUAUGGCAGAUGUUUGAAUUCGACAGGGAUGACUUUGUGAGGGAAUAUUGGACUUGUGUACCACUUGGCGAUGCAGGAAAUGGGCAGAGGUGUACGGGUCCUCCUGUACCCCAUAGGAUGGACUGGUUCAUCGCUUCUCUUUGGGCUCUCCUCACAGCCUUCCACUGCCUAGGUUUAACCACCGGCCUGCUCAUGCGUUGGAAGCUCUACUACCCACCUCUCUCCACCCUCGUCCGCUUACUAGGGUUGCAAGGCAUCUGCUGGCCAGCCACCCACCUCACCCUGAGCAUCGUGGGGGGUGUCCGCCGUCCAGUAAUGGCAUGGGCCAUCAUCGCAACCACAACCGCCAUAAGCCGCAGCAUCCAGAUCUGGGUAACGAGCAACAUCAUUUGGCUCAAAGCACCGACAUCUUCCUCCUCCACCACCCACUCGGUCGCAUCCGAACUUAACGAAGCGGACGAUCCGGACAACGCAACUCCGGCGCUGAGUUUCUUUAACAAAGUCGCUACGAUCAUCGGAGGAGACGACGAGUCUUCCCCGUCGAAUAUGUUGUCUGGUUCAUCUGGUUCCUCGUCCCCCGGUCAAGCAUAUAGAAGGCGGCAUCGGCGGUGGGACUGGCGCAAGGUUGGGUUGAGGUGUCUUUUGCCUACGGGUUUCUUGUACGUCGUGAUGGCCUGGAGUGAGAUUGGGAGGAGGGAGUGGGAGAGCAGCCGACAUGGGGUGGUUAUUCCUGGUGUCGAACCGAGAACGAGCAAGAUAGCGGGAACUGAGCCCGUAUCCGACGGUUCUGUCAACACUGGUGUGUCCGACGUUUUCACGACGGCCUCAGUACAGACUAAAGAUGCUACCAUCUCGCCCAGCCUCGAGCGUAUCGCUCUUGGUUACUAG